CUGCGAGCGCGUCGUUGGCAGCACCGACCCGAGGUUAUAACGCUCUCCACGUAAUCUAUGGUCGAAGAUUGUAAUUUUGUCGUUCCGCGCGCGUAAUUUUUUUUUUUUAAAUCUUGUUGGUAGAGAAGGAAGAUUGAGUAUUUUUUACUGUAAACUAUUGCGUGUUAAGUGUCUAUCGAUUACGGACCUCUGUUUUUGGUGAAAGUGCGUUUUUUGGAAUUUUGUUUUCGUUUUUAUUUUGGAAUACCUGCGAUUUUUCGUCACAAGCUCGUAUGGCUUGGUGAUGCAUAGAUGAAUUGAGCCAAGAAUGAAUUUUUGACGUGCAUCCAGCCGUCUGGAUACGCCGAAAAGGGUAAGAGUUCUGCAAAAAUAGGGGAGAAAAAAUAGGGAAGAAAGGGGAACAAGGACAAGGAUGAGGCUAGUGGGGCCCUGGACGAUAGUGGCGGUGUUGCCGCUUUUUUUGACGGAAGUGAGGAGUAUCGAACCCUCUCAAUGCAUUGCUCCUCUUGGUAUGGAAAGUGGAACCAUUAAAGACGAUGACAUUAAAGCUAGUUCGUCAUUCGAUCAUGGACACGUUGGACCCCAUCGUGGAAGGAUUAGAAAUGAGGUACAUGGUGGAGCUUGGUGUCCCCAAACGCAAGCUACACCAGACACCAGAGAAUGGAUUGAAAUUGAUCUAAAAACAAUCCACGUGAUCACGGCCACAGAAACCCAGGGUCGUUUUGGAAAUGGUCAGGGUGUGGAGUUUGCAGAAUCGUACAUGUUGGAAUAUUUUAGACCAUCUCUAAAAAAAUGGAUCCGAUACCGCACCAAAAACAACGGAGAACUCCUCAAAGGCAACAUCAACACCUACCUAGAACACAAAACCAUCCUAGACCCACCGAUUUGGGCGACCAAAAUCAGAUUCCUCCCAUACAGCUCACACAAACGAACAGUUUGCAUGAGAGUUGAAGUCUACGGCUGCAAAUACACCGAAGGAGUAACAUCUUACUCCAUGCCUCAAGGUGACAAAAAAGGAAGCAGCUGGGAGCUCUACGACUUCACCUAUGACGGUCAUUGGGAUGGUGAGAAGCUCAAGUCUGGACUAGGUCAGUUAACUGACGGUUUAAUUGCUCCGGAGGAUUUUAAGCUAGCUUUCCAUCAGGAAAACACUCAGGGAUGGGUGGGAUGGAAGAACGAUACCAGGGAAGGCAAACCGAUAGAGAUAGUGUUUGAGUUUGAUAGGAUUCGCGAGUUUACCGCAGUGCAUUUGUAUACCAACAACCAGUUCACUCGUGACGUGCAGGUUUUUAGUGAGGCGCGCGUUUUUUUCAGUGUGGCUGGUAAAAGAUACAAGGGUGAACCGAUAACUUUCGAUUACAUGGAAGACCGAAUAUUCGAAACUCCCAGAAAUGUCUCUAUCAAACUCCAUCACAGAGUGGGACGCUUCGUGAAACUCCAACUGUUCUUCGCUUCAAAAUGGAUUCUUAUCAGUGAAAUAGCUUUUGACAGUUCGCCAACAACGGGUAAUUUUACGGAAGAGGAGGAGUUAGAUAAUAAUAUACAGGGUGAUCAGACUGUGGUAUCGGGACCGGAGAAUAAGAACCCGAUAAGUGCGGUUUCGAGUACCGGAGGGCAGUAUUUGGGGAUUAUCGUGGGGAUUUUGGCGGUGGCUGUGGUGUUUAUGAUCGUCGUGGUGUUGUAUAUAGUGCACCAGCAGAGGAAGUACAAGAGUUCGCCGAGGCCCAGUCAGAUACCAGAUAAGGCGGCUCUGUAUAGGACACCAUCGCUAGGUCGACUCACCACCUCCACCGAUUACGAGGACGUGCGCAACCCCGAGUACGCCGUACCGCUCCACCAGAGCAGCCAGCGUUGCCGCACUCCACCCAACCUCCAAAACUUCUUCCCCAAGGCGCCGUCGUUACCGCCGCCCUCCGAGCAGUACUACGCCGCCACCGAGAUCUUCCGGCAGGGGACAGGACCGGUGCAGUUCAAGCCGCCCCCGCCGCCGCUGAACACGCCGCCACCCAUGCGGCACCAGAUGCCGCCCCAGGGGCGGUACGGUAGCGGCGGCGGUAAUAGGACGUUUGUGGGUCCGUAAUGUGUGACGGUCUUCUCUCUGUGAUAUUUUGAGCUACACCCCAUUAGAUGGCGCAAUCGACUUCCCCAUAAGGCUGAUUCUACCAAAUGUGUACUGCUUUACCUACCCUAGAUUGUCGUGGUAUUAGACUGGUUAAGAAACUUUUGUACUAAAACUCGUACGAUUCUUUUUAUACUGCCGUUUGCUUCGAACAGGGUUGAGACAUCUUCGGUUAACAAUGUACUCGAAAUAUGUACCAUAUUUCGUACAUUUUUUUUUAUUUUUCUAGUUAUAUUAAUUUAUUUAGUAAUUAUUUCGAGUACAUUUGUUGCUGGGUGGUGUCGUCUUUUAGCUCUGGCUUUAAAAAUACCUUGAAAAUAUUGACAAUCCCCUUUCUUACAAAAUAGUAAUAAUAGUAAUAAACGAAAAUAAAAAAAUCGGUCUUGUUUCCAACGUGGUACUACAGUAUAUAUAAGUAUUAUUAAGAUAAAUAUCGAUGUAAAUAUAUAAUAUAUUUAAAUGAGCUGGAAUUAAUGGUUCAUUAACAAUACUAAUAUAAGACUUAAUUCAAUAUGUACAUACAUAUCCAGUUGGUAUUGUCUUGUAAAUAGUAAUAAAGGUGAAAAUGAAUAUAUUAGAUUAUGAACAA